UUCAGUGAUUAUUCACAAUGGGCGAUGAGGAGCCACCAAGCACUAAUGCGAGCCACAAAUUUUCCGGCGGUGGCUCAACAAUAUUGCUUAUUCGAUCAUACAAAGAAGCGAGGCAUGUUUUCGCUAUCAGUCUAUCUGUAAACCUGCUCAUUAUCGUGUUGGGAGUAAUCGUCAAUGCGACCAUUUGUUAUGUUAUGCUGCGUGGAAAACGCUACAAAAGAAACAGCUCAAAUUUCUUCAUUACGCAUUUGUCCAUGGUGGAGCUGGUAUAUCGCCUUCUUGUCUUCCCUUUAACCAUCUACUUUGCAGUUCCAGCAUCAGGAAUCAACACGUUCCAGUGCAGAGUUACAGCGUUCCUUUCAAAGACCUCCGCCUCGGCCAUAUUCGUCAGCCUGGUUGCCAUAGCUACCGACAGAUAUCAAAGCAUUGUUCACCCUUUGAAGGCGUUGAAGUCAAAGGAAAAGCCUCGUUUGCUUCUUUGGCUUGUUUGGUUGUAUGCUGUCAUUGUGUCAAGUCCUUCCAUUAUAAGCGUCAAAGGUGUUUCAGUUUUGGAAAUUCCAGAAGCUAAAGGCAUGGACUGCGAGGACUGUGCUAACAAGAAACUUUGCGACAUUCCACAAAACUCGCUGGGGCAGUCUUCAACCACGUUGUAUUUUCUUCUUGCAUUUAUCGCUCCAUUAACCAUCAUAUCUGUGUUGUACGCCAAGGUCGCCAUCUUCUUGCGUCACAGAGGCAACAGUGGAAUGAUGAACCAAGUGGCGGCAAAAUCGAAAUCUAAAGCAGUGCGCAUGCUCAUUGUAACGGUAUUUGGCUAUGUCCUGUCUCUGGGGCCAGCUGUGGUUUUUGCCAUGGUGAGAUCGUACGGUGCUUUAAACAAGACUUCGUUUGGCGUUAUGCUGCUGGUUAGUGGCAUGGUCGACUUUGCAUCAUAUACAAGCUCACUGGGAAAUCCGUUAAUCUAUGCGUAUUACAACGGAGAUUUCCGCAAGGAACUCCAACGCAUUUUUCGCAGAAGAAACCGACAAAAAGUGAAUUCGCACACGGUCACGUUCGCAAUUUCAAACGCAAGUAAAUAAUUAGUUUACCCCCUGAAACACGCAAAUGUUUUUAAUGUAAGCUGUCAAUCAAGCCUGGUGAGUUCCAACCGAGGAAUGGAGGAUAAAGCGGAAAAAAAGACGUUGUGUUUUGUAUGUAUACCAAUUUUCACACUGCACUUAAAUCAAACACUGUGAUUUUAAUGGUUAUAUUGGUGCUGAAAAAUUAACGAUAACCCCAUUAAAAAAGAACACAUCUUUAGAUCUGCAGAAGUCGAGCAAGCUUUGAAAAUAGUUAUUUCUGACCUAAAACCAAAAACAAAUUUCUUGAAAAAUAAAAAAGCGCAGUUAACGGCUUUUUUAUUUGUUAACUCAGAACUUCAGCUGGGCAAAUAUGAGAAAAUCAUCAUGAAUAUAUUAUGAAAAUAUAAUGAACUCGCUGGUAAUUUUAGCAUGCUACAUGUAAUUACGGUUUUUAAGACCUACAACAGGGACAAAUGUAUCAAUUAGAUCUACUAUGUCCGAACAACCCAACAGUGGCGGGUAAUGAGGCUGUUGAUCACUGAAUACGAAGAACAGCUAGCAUAGCUUAAAGUAGUUAGUUGGCCUUGGUCAAUAAUGUCAAACUAGCAAUAAUUGGUUGAUGACGAACAUGGGCAAGAUAAGAGAACGUACUUCAAGUACACUAAAGUGAUGUUUUGCCAGUGUUGAUAAAUAAAGGACAUCUGAAAAACUGUUCUAGAAACAGCUAAAAUUAUCAACUGAGCAAGAAUAGUUUACGUGUUCACUAUAAUAAGAAACUAAACCUAUUGUGAUUAUUUGCAUUUUUGAAUCUACGGCCGGAGGGCCGUAGAUUCUAUGUCACCGAGCGUGUCCGUUAACAAAAAUCGUGUAACAAAAGAAUAUUCGUACUUAAUCAAACUUCGCAUGUGCGAAGAUCGCUUCCCGAUUAGUGCCCGAAUGACCGACUGUACGAUUGAAAGGAACAAAAUAUGUGAAGAAUAGUCACGAUUGAUUUGUCGGUAGGCUUUCGGUUAGUCAAACCUGUCAAUGUUCGUAAGAAGGAGUUGGUUGUCAAAACGGAGAAAAAAAAUGCGAAUUUACUAGCAGAAGCACAGCGUUACGGAGCACUAUCAAUGACUACGAUCUCUAACCGCUGACCGGGAGUAUGACAUUGCAGACUCGUUUUCCCACGCUCUUCGAAGUGACGCGAAUUGGGGGGUAGACAAAGUUUUCUAUUUUUUUUUUUUUCUGAUAUAACCAGGCACAGCUAUCAGCGAAUGUGCCAAAACAUUGUUCUCGAAUGAUCUUGCAAGGUUUUGAUUGGAAAUACGAUUGUUACGUGUCUUCAAAGCAGCUAUCGAGCAAAUAAAAUGCACAUUUGCAAAUUGGUGUUUAUUUCAUGUCUUCAUACAACCCGGAACUCAAGGUAAUGUUUGUUUUAUUAUAAAUAUUUCUUUCAGCUACAGGCAGGAUCGAUUCUAAAACGCUCUGCUGACAAAAAGCAUUUUGAACCAGGUCGAUACAAAGAUCGUUCACAUAAAUUCUUCAUACGGAAAUUCUGGAUUCUUUCAAGAUUAAAUACCGACAGAUUAGGAAGGUUUGCUUUACAUAUAUACAUAAGAGUAAGUUCCGUGUCGUCUGUUCACCAUCGUUUAAGUUUAACUGGAUAAUAUUUCUAUACUAUCUUAAAGGGAUGUCAUUGGUUUUAUGAAAAGCUUUUAUGAAGCUAGAGCUAUUGACGUCGCCGUCCUAUACGAAAAUUACACAA